AGAAACGUGUUGGGUUAUUUUGAAGAGAAUAAUUAUCACCAUUCAGAUAAUACACGGUUAGGACUGCCAAGAGGAGCAUAGCUGACUAAGAAGUCUCCUCUCCUCUCCUGUCUGCCUGGCUUACGUCCCACAUCCCAAACAAGCCAUGUUACACUGGUCUGUCCUGUUUGUACCCCACUUCUCCCUCUAUCAUUGCUGGGUGAAGCUCCAGCCCCCCUGCCUCCUCUCAUCAGGAUAAGUGUCAAAGAAAAUGGAGUCAUGUUGGUGCUGCUGGGACAAGCUGAAUACAAAAGUGUGAUUAAAAUCAGUAGUUUACCUCUGAUUUACUGUAGGAACAGAACUGAGGAGUAGGAGACACAAGGAGUCUUCAAAGAGCCCCCACCCCCUUUCCCUCACACUUUCUAUCCCAAGUUUCCGACAGAUGUGUGAAAGAGGAACACGCGCUUUCCUCCCUUCUUUCAGUCAAACAUUAGCUCUAGAUACAAGUUUAUCUAAAAAUCUGAAUUUAUCAGUAGAUUAGCCGAUUAAAAACUAAUUUUGAACAUCAUUUAUAGAAAACAGAAAAACAACGGCUUGAUCGGAAAAUCUAUGCGCUGGAAUGGCUGUUUUGAUAACUGCGUCACACUUGUGGAUUCUGUCCUCUGUCUUCCUCCUGGAGUUUACUUCUGCAGACCAGAAAAGCAUCACAGCUGAGUCUGGACAGGACGUCACUCUGACAUGUCGAGCUCCAAAAAACAACAUUGAUCUUGUAGAGUGGAACAGAACUGACCUGGAAGAUAAACUUGUUUUUGUGUAUCGGACUGGGAAGCCUGUUCCAGAUGAGCAGCAUCCAGCUUUUAAGAACCGGGUGGAUCUGCAGGACACACAGAUGAAGGAUGGAGACGUGUCUUUGAUUCUGAAGAAUGUGACGAUUAAUGACACUGGAACAUACGAGUGUCGUUUCCCUUUAGAAUCAUUGGAUCCCAUCAGCAUCAUCACACUGAGUGUUGUUGAUCCUCCAGGUCAGACAGGAGGACACACAGAGGAUGGAGGGAAGGAGGAUGGAGGAGCGAAGAGUGGAUCUGUUGGACUAAUAGCUGGUCUGGUGGUUCCUGCUGUGCUUCUUGUUGGUGUUGCUGUUUUUUUGAUCUACAUAAACCAUGACAAUGAGAAUCAGGAUUGAUACUAACCUCCCGUUGAAAUGCUCUAUGUUUGAAACAUCUUACGGCUUUUCCACCUGAGUCUCCUGCUGUUGCUCCAAAUUCCCAGCGUGUCACUCAACACAGGAACAAACAGAUGAUCUGAGGACAUGUAGAUCAUGAAAUUUGGUUUUCAGGGUUUCAGGGACUGAAAAACUGACUUCAAUUCAGGAUUAUCUUCUGUCCUUUACUCAUCACCAGCUGACACCUUCUUCUCACCUGCAGGUCCUCCAGGAGGACAUGGAGGGUUUGUGGGACUGGUAGUGAGUCUGUCAGUUUUGGUGUGUUUGUUCUUGUACCCAACGGUGCUGAAUAUGUGAUUUCUGCUUCUCAGAGAUCCUGUUAAAGUCUAAAGACACUGGGAGGGUUUCACACUGUUUGAAGCAGGGAAACAGGUACUAAUGGUGCAGAACUGACUGAUGUGUUUGUGGAUAUGAACUCGUACACAUGAACAUACCUCAGGUUCAUAUCUACAAAUUCAUGUCCCAGGACAUAAACUUUAUAUUAAAGCUUUUAAAGAGUGAAAACUUUUACAUUUGGACAUCUGUGGGGUUGGUGAUGGAGGGAAUCAUUUAACAGCUCACAGGUUUCUACACUUAUGAAUUAAAAUGCAUCACUUUAAGAAUUAAAUCUAUGAAGUUAGAUAAAGAUGAGGGUUUGGGAUAAAUUUGUUUACACUCUUUAAGCUCUGUUUCUUGUUGUCAUGGUGAUCCAUCCUUGGCAAUGUUACAGACAUGAAAAAUACAUCUGAGUGAAACACUUUAGUUACAGUCAUGUUGACUGUCAUGAACAUUUUUAUAACUCCCUCUUUAUAACUGUCUUUACUGUGUAAAGUUUCCUAAAUUUACACAAACAGAGAUUUUAGACUGUAAAAGGCAAUUUUGUGCAGCUAAAAAUGACAAAUUUUGUUUUAUGAAAACUGAAGUUUUCAUAAAAGUGACUGGAAAA